UAAUUCUUGCCCAGUCUUCAUUUCUUCAAUACUCAUCCAUGCCGAUUCCCAUCUCUCUCUCUUAUGGACGACGACGAUAACCAUCCCAAACCCAACUCCAAAACAACUUUCUUUCUGGGUUGUUUUGGAUUUUCCGGGAAACAUCACGUUUCCCGGAAAAAAUCAGCAAAAUUCGAUCACAAGCGUAGUUGGUUUUCUCGAUCAAGAACGUUUCUCUUAAAACAAUCCGUCACCAAAACCGUUCCUGUUGAAUACUCUGCAGCUGUAUCAGAGAAACUUCUGACAACAUUAAAGAAGUCAUCAAAACCGAAGAGGAAAUCCUCCUCCGACGAGAUCCCUUCAAAGCGUAAAACCCCGGCUUCCCAAGAUAAGUUUCCGGCGACUGAUUCUAAAGUUGAUGCUACUUCAGAUCAAGCUUCACGACAAAGUCCCCACAAGACAAGUCACAGUUCUGAACAGAACAUCAUCCUUGAGAAUGGGAAACUCUUGGAUUCUGCUAAACAGCUGUCUUUCCGCCGGAAAAUAGACACUUUAAGAAAUAGCUCGUGCAGUCAACCCGGUUCACCGAAUCCCGGAACCAACGCAACCGCCCCAACAAUUCACCGGUUGACAUCUUUUCCGGCAACAAACCCGCCAGAAAAAACACGGGUCAAUACUAAAAAGAAGCCUCGCAAGGAAAAUGGAAAAAUUGAUAAAGGUUUCGACCCAUUGAUUGGCAUGUCAGUUUUGAUGGUAACCCUAAUAAUAAUGUUUCUAUGGGGUCGGUUAUGUGCGAUUCUUUGUACGUCUGCAUGGUUAUAUUUCGUCGCUCGAUUAAGCAAACCGACUCCGAAUGGGACGGUGAAAAAUGGGUUGGUUUCGGGUGAACCGGAUUUAAACCCGGAGGAGCAAAAGAAGAGAGUGGUUUUGGAGGGGUUUCUCGAGAGGAACCACCGCCGGUCUCCGCCGUCGUAAAUAUCUUUUUAUUCAAUUUUGUGGUGUUAUUAUAAUGGCAAUUUGUGUAAAUUGUUGGUAGAAUUAUGUCUGAAUAUAUCUGAAAAAACAAAUAAAAGAAAAAUUAGUCAAA